AUGUCAUUGGCCUCAAUAUCCCAAAAUUUAGCUGACCAUAACACAAGAAUUACUUUUGACGACGGCAUGGAUGACCACACUGUUAAUGAAACAGAGAAAGAGUGUCUUAACCUAACAGAAAAUGAGGUAAAUUCGUCUGAACUGAGUGAGGCGCAUGCUUUUGCACAAAUCUUAGAGAGAAUAUUAACUAUCGAGGAGAAGCUCAACACAAAAAUUGAUGAUGUGGCACUGCAGGUAUGCAACUUAAAGGAGGCUGAUGACCUUCAUGAAAAGAUAUCACAUGACUAUAUGACUAAUAUAAAACAUGAGAAUGAAAAUCUCAAGAAAGAAAAUACUGCCCUUAAAGGAAAAAUUGAGUAUACCACUAUGGCAAUGUCAGAUCUCAAUACCAAACUUAAAUUGUUAGAUGAGGAAAAGCAAAGUCUAGUGACUGCACUUAAAAUCUUACAAGGAAAAGAAAUUGUGAUGAACGCCUGGCGUAACAAUGAAAUUGGUGCCUUCACUAAUGUUGAUGAUAAAUUAAAACAAAACUCUGGCAUGGCAAAACCAAAAGGUUCAAAACGACAGUUCGGAAACAUACUUGAAUGCAAGAAUGCAUUUGAAAUUCUUACAGUAGAGGAUGAUAGUGAACAUACUGGUAAUGACAAACAAGAAACUGUUAAGGAAGGUUUGGGUACAAGUACUCAAGUAACUGAGGAGAGUCACUGUUGAAUGUAAUGUGAUCAAUGAACAAGUGCCUAACCGGAAAGACUCAGGUACACAGAAGUUAGAAGGUCAGCGUAAACAGAAAAAAGUGGCUAUCUUAGGGGACUCUAUGUUGAAAUACCUUAAUCCGAGAAAAAUCCAGCAAGGCUUGGAACAGAAGAUUACGAUUAAAAUAUUCUCAGGUACAAAAAUUCAAGAUAUGAACCACUACGUGAAACCUACCCUAUGUACAACACCAGACGAGAUCAUUCUGCACAUAGGAACAAACAACCUGAGAAAUAAUAACCCUGCUGUUGUCAUUAACGCUAUGGGUAAUAUCGCCUACACUAUUGCACGACAGAACAAGGAUGACAAAGUUACAUUAUCUAUAACAAGAUCAGACAAUCAUAGCAUGGUUGAAAAGGUAAAUAUUUACAAUGAACAAUUAGCUAAACUCUGCAAAGAACGCAAAUGGCAUCUAAUUAAAAACAAUAAUAUUAAUUCAUCUCACUUGAACCCAUAUGGAGUUCAUUUGAAUAGAAGGGGAACUGGCGUUUUUGCAAAAAACAUAAAAAAUAUUUAGGCGCUAAUAAAAGUAAGUACCAUUGACUAGAAAAUAAUAUAGAAGCAACGCCCUCAAAUGCGAUAUCUGCACGAACUAAUUUAGCUAAUCUAACACUAAGCGAAAAUGAGAUUCCAGAUGUUGGCCAAUUUAUCCCGGGCGAUGACCCUUUAUCUGAAAGAAUAAAUAAUGACAAUAAUGUCAUUCACGAUACACCACUUGAUAAUUUAAAUGAAAAUACUAUUUGCAAUGAGCUUAAAAAACUUAAAGGUUUUCGUGUCGGCCAUAUUAACAUUACUUCCCUCACAAAUUAA